UGCGGGGCGGCGCCGGGACAGGAAGCGGAAAGCAGCAGUGCAGCGGCGGCGGGGCUCUGUCUCUCCCGGAGCCCAGCGCAGGCCGCAGAGCCGGGGCCGCUGUGAGCCGAGACCACGGCCGCGGAGCCCGCACGGCCGGCGCGGAGAAUUUGUUCCUGUUGAUGUGUGGCUCCUCCUCUGAUUCCCAGACUCCUGGCGGUUUUAUGAGUCUAGUAGGUGAAAUUCUCUACCUCUAAGGAGAAGCAGUAUCUGCUCCUCCAUCAAGCCAGGCGCUCCAUUGCUAUGGAUACCGAAUCUACAUAUUCUGGAUAUUCUUACUACUCAAGUCAUUCGAAAAAAUCUCACAGACAAGGGGAGAGAACUAGAGAGAGACACAAAUCACCGCGUAAUAAAGAUGUCAGAGCGUCAGAAAAGUCUGUCACCAUUCAAGCCCCCACCGGAGAGCCUCUGUUGGCAAACGAUUCUGCUCGGACAGAGGAAGUUCAGGAUGACAACUGGGGAGAGACCACCACAGCCAUCACGGGCACCUCGGAGCACAGCAUAUCCCAGGAGGACAUUGCCAGGAUCAGCAAGGACAUGGAGGACAGUGUGGGGCUGGACUGCAGGCGCUACCUGGGCCUCACCAUCGCCUCCUUUCUUGGACUUCUAGUUUUCCUCACCCCCAUCGCCUUCGUUCUGUUACCCGCGAUCCUGUGGAGGGAUGAGCUGGAGCCUUGUGGCACAAUUUGUGAGGGACUCUUCAUCUCCGUGGCGUUCAAACUCCUCAUUCUGCUCAUAGGGACCUGGGCCCUUUUUUUCCGGAAGCAGAGAGCUGACAUGCCACGCGUGUUUGUGUUUCGUGCCCUUUUGUUGGUCCUCAUCUUUCUCUUUGUGGUUUCCUAUUGGCUUUUUUACGGGGUCCGAAUUUUGGACUCUCGGGACCGAAAUUACCAGGGCAUCGUGCAAUACGCAGUCUCCCUCGUGGACGCCCUCCUCUUCAUCCACUACCUGGCCAUCGUCCUGCUGGAGCUCAGGCAGCUGCAGCCCAUGUUCACGCUGCAGGUGGUCCGCUCCACGGACGGCGAGUCCCGCUUCUACAGCUUGGGACACCUAAGUAUUCAGCGAGCAGCAUUGGUGGUUCUGGAAAAUUACUACAAAGAUUUCACCAUCUAUAACCCGAACCUCCUAACAGCCUCCAAAUUCCGAGCAGCCAAGCACAUGGCCGGGCUGAAAGUCUACAAUGUAGACGGCCCCAGUAACAACGCCACUGGGCAGUCCCGGGCGAUGAUCGCUGCCGCCGCCCGCCGCAGAGACUCAAGCCACAAUGAGCUGUACUACGAAGAGGCGGAGCACGAGCGGCGAGUAAAGAAGCGGAAAGCAAGGCUGGUGGUCGCAGUGGAAGAGGCCUUCAUCCACAUCCAGCGUCUGCAGGCCGAGGAGCAGCAGAAAGCCCCCGGGGAGGUGAUGGACCCCAGGGAGGCCGCCCAGGCCAUUUUCCCCUCCAUGGCCAGGGCCCUCCAGAAGUACCUGCGCACCACGCGGCAGCAGCACUACCACAGCAUGGAGAGCAUCCUGCAGCACCUGGCCUUCUGCAUCUCCAACAGCAUGACCCCAAAGGCCUUCCUAGAACGUUACCUCAGCGCGGGCCCCACCCUGCAGUAUGACAAGGAUCGCUGGCUCUCUAUGCAGUGGAGGCUUGUUAGUGACGAGGCUGUGACUAAUGGAUUACGGGAUGGGAUUGUUUUCGUCCUUAAAUGCUUGGACUUCAGCCUUGUGGUCAAUGUGAAGAAAAUUCCAUUCAUCUUACUCUCUGAGGAGUUCAUAGACCCCAAAUCUCACAAAUUUGUCCUUCGCUUGCAGUCUGAGACGUCCGUUUAAAAGUUCUAUAUUUGUGGGUUUAU